AUGGAUUAUACCCUUGAGCCCAAUGUGACAGUGACUGACUACAACUAUCUCAGUGCCUUCCCAAGCCCCUGCGAUGGGGAACUUAUCCAGAGAGACAGCAAGCUGCUGCUGGCCGUACUCUACUGUCUUCUGUUUGUACUUGGACUUCUGGGAAACAGCCUGGUCAUCCUGGUCCUUGUGGCCUACAAGAAGCUGAGGAGCAUCACAGACAUAUACCUCUUGAACCUGGCCUUGUCUGACCUGCUCUUUGUCUUUUCCUUCCCCUUUCAGACCCACUAUCAGCUGGACCAGUGGGUGUUCGGGUCUGGCAUGUGCAAGGUGGUCUCUGGUCUUUACUACAUUGGCUUCUUCAGCAGCAUGUUCUUCAUCACUCUCAUGAGCAUGGACAGGUACCUGGCUGUCGUCCAUCCUGUGUAUGCCAUCAGAGUGAGGACAGUCAAAAUGGGCACAGCUCUGAGCCUGAUGGCGUGGCUGAUCAGUAUCCUGGCCACCAGCCCACUGGUGGUAUUUUACCAAGUGGCCUCUGAAGAUGGGGUUCUCCAGUGCUAUUCAUUUUACAGUCUACAGACUCUGAAGUGGAAGAUCUUCACCCACUUUGAGAUGAAUAUCUUAGGCCUGUUGAUCCCAUUCUCCAUCCUUCUUUUCUGCUACGUUAGCAUCCUGCUCCAGCUGAGGAGCUGCCAAAACCACAAAACCAAGGCCAUCAAGUUGGUGCUCAUUGUGGUCAGUGCGUCUUUACUCUUCUGGGUCCCAUUCAACGUGGUGCUCUUCCUCACGUCCCUGCAUGACAUGCAUGUCUUAGAUGGCUGCACCAUGAACCAGCGGCUGAUCUAUGCUACUCACAUCACUGAAACCAUUUCCUUCACUCACUGCUGUGUGAACCCCGUUAUCUAUGCUUUCAUGGGUGAGAAGUUCAAGAAACACCUGGCAGGUAUCUUUCAGAAAAGUUGUAGCCAUGUCUUCCUCUGCAUAGGAAGACAAAUGCCCCAGAAUGUUUGGGAAAGGUCGCUGUCUUCCCAUCAGCGCUCCUCCCACUCCUCCAGCAUGGACUACGUCUUAUGA